GCCAGUUGGUUGUGAAAGGUUAGCCAUACUAGACCAACCGUCCGCUCUGCAGACCGCGGGGCUGUUUCCAAGGCGGGUACUCCACACCAUGGCUCCGACUAAUGUCAUCCAACACAAGUUGGAACCGGGAUGCCAAUGUCCAUUAGAGUCCGAGCUGAGAGCGGUGCUGCAGCAAAGGAUCAUGGUCCUGGACGGCGGUAUGGGUACCAUGAUCCAGCAGCACAGGCUCGAAGAAGAAGACUUCAGGGGGGAUGAGUUCAGAGAGCACCUUCUCCCACUGAAGGGCAACAACGACCUCCUGAGCCUCACACAGCCCGAGAUCGUCUACCAAAUACACAAGGACUACCUGCUGGCCGGCGCUGACAUCAUAGAGACCAACACCUUCAGCAGCACCUCCGUGGCCCAGGCGGACUAUGGACUGGAGCACAUGGCGUACCGCCUCAACCGGGCGUCUGCGGAGCUGGCGAGGAGGGCGGCCGACGACGUCUUCAAACUAACGGGUUGUAAGCGCUAUGUGGCCGGGGCGCUGGGGCCCACCAAUAAGACGCUGUCUGUGUCCCCGUCUGUGGAGAGGCCCGACUUCAGGAACAUCACCUUCGAUGAGCUGGUGGAGGCCUACUCGGAGCAGGUCAGAGGGUUACUGGACGGAGGAGCUGACAUCCUUCUGGUUGAAACCAUCUUUGAUACGGCCAACGCGAAGGCGGCCUUGUUUGCCAUCGACCUGCUGUUUGAGAAGAGCUACGAGAGGAGACCUUUAUUCAUCUCCGGCACCAUCGUGGACCGGAGUGGACGCACUCUGUCCGGCCAGACGGGCGAGGCCUUCGUAGUGAGCGUGUCCCACAUGAACCCCCUGUGUAUUGGUCUGAACUGUGCCUUGGGGGCGACAGAGAUGAGGCCGUUCAUUGAAGCCAUUGGAAAAUGCACCACCGCCUUCAUCAUCUGUUAUCCCAAUGCAGGUCUUCCCAACACAUUUGGAGACUACGACGAAACUCCAGAAGUAACGGCCUCCAAUCUCAAGGAGUUUGCCACCGACGGGCUGGUGAACAUCGUGGGAGGCUGCUGUGGGACCACUCCGGGACACAUCAGAGCUCUUGCUGAAGCAGUCACACACUGUCAGCCACGAGUUCCUGCUGCUGAUGGUUAUCAGGACUACAUGCUGCUGGCAGGUCUAGAGCCGUUCAGGAUCGGCCCGAACACCAACUUCGUGAACAUCGGCGAGCGCUGCAACGUGGCCGGGUCACGCAACUUCGCCAAGCUCAUCAUGGCCGGAAACUACGAGGAGGCUCUCAGCAUCGCCAAGGCCCAGGUGGAGAUGGGAGCCCAGGUCCUGGAUAUCAACAUGGACGAGGGGAUGCUGGAGGGGCCGGCAGCGAUGACCAGAUUCUGUAACUUGAUUGGCUCUGAGCCAGACAUCGCUCGGGUUCCUCUGUGCAUCGACUCCUCCAACUUCUCUGUGAUCGAGGCCGGGCUGAAAUGCUGCCAGGGGAAGUGCAUCGUGAACAGCAUCAGCCUGAAGGAAGGAGAGGAGGAGUUCCUGCACCGCGCGGCCACGGUGAAGCGCUACGGGGCCGCUGUGGUGGUCAUGGCCUUCGAUGAGGAGGGGCAGGCCGCAGACACGGAGCGCAAAGUGGAGAUCUGCACUCGGGCCUACGAGCUGCUGGUCCGCAAAGUGGGAUUCAACCCCAACGACAUCAUCUUUGACCCCAACAUCCUCACCAUCGGUACGGGCAUGGAGGAACACAACGACUACGCCAUCUACUUCAUCAGAGCCACCAAACUCAUCAAGGCGACAUUACCAAGAGCCAGGGUGAGUGGAGGUCUGUCCAACCUGUCCUUCUCCUUCAGAGGGAUGGAGGCCAUCAGAGAAGCGAUGCAUGGAGCCUUUCUCUACCAAGCCAUCAAGGACGGGAUGGACAUGGGCAUCGUGAAUGCCGGGAACCUGCCGGUCUACGACGACAUCGACAAAGAGCUGCUGCUCCUGUGUGAGAACCUCAUCUGGAACAGAGACGCGGAGGCGACGGAGAAACUACUGGUCUACGCACAGAACAACGUGAAAGGAGCGAAGAAGGUGGUGCAGACGGACGAGUGGAGAGAAGGGAGUGUGGCGGAGAGGUUGGAGUACGCGCUCAUCAAGGGGAUAGACAAGUACGUGGUGGAGGACGUGGCGGAGUGCCGGGCUCAGGUGGAGCGCUACAGGCGACCCCUUCACAUCAUCGAGGGCCCCCUGAUGAGCGGCAUGAAGGUGGUGGGCGAUCUCUUUGGAGCGGGCAAGAUGUUCCUCCCACAGGUGAUCAAGUCGGCUCGCGUGAUGAAGAAGGCGGUGGGCUAUCUGAUUCCUUUCAUGGAGAAGGAGAGGCAGGAGAUGAUGGCGCUGUCGGGGUCAACUGAGGAAGUGGAUCCCUACCAGGGCACCAUCGUGCUGGCGACAGUGAAGGGAGACGUCCACGACAUUGGAAAGAACAUUGUAGGCGUGGUGCUGGGUUGCAACAACUUCAGAGUGAUAGACCUGGGCGUCAUGGUUCCCUGUGAUCGGAUCCUCAGAGAGGCCAUCGCACACAAAGCAGAUAUCAUCGGCCUGUCGGGGCUCAUCACCCCGUCUCUGGACGAGAUGAUCUACAUCGCCAAAGAGAUGGAGAGACUGGGAGUGACCACGCCGCUGCUGAUUGGAGGAGCCACCACAUCAAAGACGCAUACGGCCGUGAAGAUCGCCCCUCGCUACUCCUCUCCUGCUAUCCAUGUCCUGGACGCCUCCAGGAGCGUGGUGGUGUGCUCACAGCUCCUGGACGAGGCGGUGAGGGAGGAGUACUUUGAGGAGCUGAAGGAGGAGUACGAGGAGAUCAGGCAGGAGCACUACAACUCCCUGAAGGAGCGCAGGUAUCUGUCUCUCUCCCAGGCCAGAGGCAAGGCGCUACACAUCGACUGGCUCUCUCAGCCCAGACCAGUGCGUCCUCAGUUCCUGGGCACCCGUGUGUUCGAGUCCUACGACCUGCACAGCCUGCUGGACUUCAUCGACUGGAAGCCUUUCUUUGACGUGUGGCAGCUGAGGGGAAAAUACCCCAACAGAGGCUACCCCAAGAUCUUCAACGACAAGACCGUUGGUACGGAGGCUCGCGGAGUCUUCGACGAAGCCCAGCAGAUGCUCACUCAGAUGAUUGACAACGGGAGUCUGAAGGGGCGGGGCCUGGUGGGGUUCUGGCGUGCCCAGAGUGACGGCGAUGACAUCCGCGUGUACGAAGGCGACGUCACGGCGCACAAAGGCACCGAGCCCAUCGGCACGUUCCACGGCUUACGGCAGCAGCUGGAGAAGGACAGCUCCAGUUCAGAGCCCUACCUGUGUGUGUCUGACUUCGUUGCCCCGGCAGCCAGCGGCGUGGCCGACUACGUGGGCGUGUUCGCCGUGGGCGUGUUUGGAGCCGAGGAGCUGAGUCAGCAGUUCCAGGCCCAGGGAGACGACUACAGCAGCAUCAUGGUCAAAGCGCUGGCCGACCGGCUGGUCGAGGCCUUCGCCGAGGAGCUGCACGCUCGCGUGCGCAAGGAUCUAUGGGGCUACAGCGCGGACGAGGCUCUGCAGGCCUCGGACCUCCACCGGAUUCGGUACCAGGGCAUCAGACCUGCAGCCGGCUACCCCAGUCAGCCGGACCACACGGAGAAGACCGCCAUGUGGAGCCUGGCGGGGAUCCAGGAGAAGACCGGUAUCUGCCUGACGGAGUCUCUGGCCAUGAUGCCCGCUGCCUCCGUGUCCGGCCUUUACUUCUCUAACCCCAAGGCCUCGUACUUCGCUGUGGGGAAGAUCACCAAGGAGCAGGUGGAGGACUACGCAGCCAGGAAAGGGAUGAGCAUGGAGGAGGCCGAGCGCUGGCUGGCCCCCAUCCUGGGCUACGACAGCGAGGCCUGACCACUCCCUCAGUAAAGAGGGCCCACACAGAACCACACAGAAUCAGAACCAGAACCAGGUCGGCCAGUCCUGCGUUCUGUUCAUCCUCUGAGCCAUGAGGUCAUUACACACCUCCCACAACUAAUCACACGCCUACACUGUGAGGGGAUGAAGGUUCUCCAUCACUCACGUGUCUCUUCUUUAACGGUUCUCCAUCACUCACGUGUCUCUUCUUUAACGGUUCUCCAUCACUCACGUGUCUCUUCUUUAACGGUUCUCCAACACUCACGUGUCUCUUCUUUAACGGUUCUCCAUCACACUCACGUGUCUAUCCAAAGAAUCUGUAAAGAAGACUAAGAAGCUCUUCUUACAUUAAGUGUCCACGCUCAUACAUGACCGUGUUCAGUUUAAUAUCUGGUGCUUUGAUCUCAACCAAAUCAAUAUGUGUGAAACACAUUAAUAACUACAACCACACAGUGAACCAUGUUUUCACUAUUUCAUUGUGUAAAGGUUUGAACAGGAAGUGUGCUGUACUUCUGUAAUGGGUCACACAUGUCCAGUUUAUUAAUGUUGAAUACUUCAACAUAACUUUAAGGUGAAGUUUCAUUGAUGAUAAUAAUAUGAACAACAAAACGAAGAAUGAUUGAUGGGCAACAUUAUUUCCCCUUUGGAUGCUGAGUGAAGUGUGCAUCAUGAUGUCAUGCUACAUCUAGUGAUGUCAUGCUACACUAGUGAGUUAGUCAUUACAUCAUGAUGUCAUGCUACAUCUAGUGAGUUAGACAUUACAUCAUGAUGUCAUGCUACAUCUAGUGAGUUAGACAUUACACCAUGAUGUCAUGCUACAUCUAGUGCAUUUGCCAUUACUAGCUAGCUCCCGAGCUAACUGGCCAGCUGCAACACUCUACAUGUGCGUCACUAAUAACUAUCACCAUUUCCUUUUGUUUCAGUUAAAUGACCAAGAAAAACAGCUCAAGUUCAGUCCGCUCUACUUCUAUUCUAUUUCUAUGGUAAAACCAUUUGAGAUUAAUUAAUUAAUUAAGGCUGAAUAAUUAAAAGUAAUAAUGAUUUUAGACCAAUGUGUGUCAAUUCUUAUAAAGUUUAGUAUUUUAAUCUGACGUUCCAUUGUUUUAUUGGCUGGUGAGUUAAUAACGUCUAUUCAUUUUGGAAUUUCUUGACAAAUAUAUUGAUACAUAUGAAUUAUUUCUUCAUAUUGUAUCACGCAUUAUGCAAGUUCUCUAUCAUUGUCCACACAUUGUUUUCAUUAGACCAGGUGUUGUUGUAUUGUAUGUCUACUAAACAACCUACUCGAUUCAUUGGGUUUCUGUAAGCUGUCUCGUUCAUUUCACACGUCUCUUAAACGCCCUGAUGUGCUGCCGGGAUGAAACUUUGUCUUCAUCAGUUUGCUCUUAUAUUGAAUAAAACACGAGCAAUAUAACAACGUUUCUCUUUUUCAAUAAAUAUUGUCAACAGGG